AUGAACAAGCCGCUCUUUAAACGCCUGCAAGCUGCUCCUGUUGACCGGCCAGUCAGUUCCGCGGAUGCCAGUGACUACUUCUAUCGCAUCGCUCUCUUCUUGGGCUGGACCCCGCCCAAGGAGGGCCUGCUUAGAUGGAUCUACUUCCUCUGGACUGCGACCACAAUGUGGCUGGGAAUCGUUUACCUGCCGCUUGGACUGACCCUCACCUAUGUGAAGCACUUCGAUAGGUUCACGCCCACGGAGUUUCUCACCUCCCUGCAGGUGGACAUCAAUUGCAUCGGAAAUGUGAUCAAGAGCUGUGUGACCUUCACCCAGAUGUGGCGAUUUCGUAGGAUGAUCGAACUGCUGGUUUCUUUGGAUGACAGAUGUCUCACCCCAUCGCAACGGAAGAUCCUCUCCACUACGGUGGCUCGGGUGAAUCUCAUUGUGCUCCUCUUCCUGUCCACCUACUUGGGCUUCUGUCUCAUGAACCUCUUUACAUCGGUCUUCGCUGGCAAGGCUCCUUGGCAGCUUUACAACCCAUUUGUGGACUGGAAAAAUGGCUAUUGGCAACUCUGGAUUGCGUCGGUCCUGGAGUACUUUGUGGUCUCCAUUGGAACCAUGCAGGAACUCAUUUCGGAUGCCAAUGCCAUUGUUUUCAUCUCCCUGUUCAGGGCUCACCUGGCCAUUCUCAAGAAUCGCAUAGAGAAUCUAAGGCAGGAUCCGGAGCUCAGUGAGAGGGAAAACUACGAGCAGUUGGUGUCCUGCAUUCAGGAUCAUCGCACUAUAAUAAGGUGCUCCCAAAUCUUUCGACCCGUCCUGUCCAUCACAAUCUUUGCCCAGUUCAUGCUGGUUGGCAUUGACUUGGGAUUGGCGUCCAUCAGCAUCCUGUUAUUUCCCAAUACCAUCUGGACCAUCAUGGCGAAUGUUUCCUUUAUCAUCGCCAUCUGCUUGGAGUCCUUUCCAUGUUGCAUGCUCUGCGAAUACCUUAUCGAGGACUGCGCCACGCUCAGCGAUGCAGUUUUCCACUCGAAUUGGCUAACUGCCGAUAGGCGUUACAAGUCGACGGUUGUAUACUUCAUGCACAGGGUUCAGCAGCCCAUUCAGUUCACGGCCGGUGCUAUUUUUCCCAUUUCCGUUCAGAGUAACAUUGCCGUGGCCAAGUUCGCCUUCACCAUCAUCACAAUCGUCAAUCAGAUGAAUCUCGGCGAGAAGUUCCUCAAUGACAGGGGAAAUGCGGAACUUGAGCCUUAA